ACCGACGAAUGUAAAUAGGAUUGGAAAAUUUGUAUUAACACUAAAUACCGAUAAAUUCGUCGAAAUCGCUGUAAAAUACAUUCAUCCGUGUCUCAUCGAGUUAUACUACAUUAAGAACAUUUCCCAGGAAUUGACACACUAAAAUAUAUCGAUGCACACGAGAGGUAAAUUAAAUGUUGCUUAAAUAUGACCACCUGCCGCGCCCGCGAGACAUAAAAAGCCCAUUAGGCAUACGAUGCAAAAUAUUGAGGAAGGAAAUAACGUCUCGGGCGAGAAAAAAAUCGAGCGUCGCGCUACAACAGCCCCGAGAGCGGCAGGUUCGUUACCCCCCGCCUGUUGAAUGCUAUCAAGGCAACGGGGAACCUCCGGGAAUCUCGGCUUUUACACGAACGAGCGAAAGUGGGAUAUUACCUAUAAAAGCAUCCGUUUGAUUCUCUCCUCUUUCAUUUCACCCGGAAACCUCUGCGGCGACUCUCUGCCGGAGAAAGAUAUCGAUAGAACGAUAUUAUUAUAAUGUUGCUGUCCUCCAAGUCUUUGUUGAUCCUCGCGCUUUACGCUACGAUCAACGACGCCGAAGUGGUGGACGACGAGAAUUGCGAGACCCUGCAGACGGAAGUGCGGAUCACCAAGGACGAGUACGACGAGAUGGGACGGCUGCGAAGAACGUGCAGCGGCGAGAUAUCCGUCACGAAAUGCGAAGGGUUCUGCGACUCGCAGGUGCAACCGAGCGUUGUCACCACCACGGGCUUCUCGAAAGAAUGUUACUGCUGCCGUGAGGGCUACCUGAAGGAGAGGCCCGUGGUCUUGAAUCAAUGCUACGACGCGGACGGGCUCCGAUUGAUGGGCAUCGACGACGAGACCAUGGAGAUCAAGAUACGCGAACCCGCCGAAUGUAAAUGCAUCAAGUGCGGCGACCUUGCGAGAUAAGAGCCGGUGUCGAAUUGUACAAACGAUGCAAAGCUGAUUACAAACUAUUGCGUAACUAUCGAUAAGAUAAAACGACGAGAUAACGAGAUGUAUUGUAACCACGAUGAAAAUAAACAAGUUUCCCGACA